GAGGUAAAUCAGAUUAUGGAAACCAAUCUGUGGCUGAGACACGUCUGGAAUGACUACAAACUGAGAUGGGCCCCUGUUGAGUAUGAUGGCAUUGAGUUCAUACGAGUUCCAUCCAACAAAAUCUGGAGACCAGACAUCGUUCUGUACAACAAUGCUGUAGGUGACUUCCUCGUGGAAGACAAGACCAAGGCUCUGCUGAAGUUUGAUGGCACCAUCACCUGGGUUCCUCCGGCUAUUUUCAAGUCCUCCUGCCCCAUGGACAUCACCUACUUCCCGUUUGACUAUCAGAACUGCUCCAUGAAGUUUGGCUCCUGGACCUACGACAAGGCCAAGAUCGACCUGGUGCUCAUUGGCUCAAAGGUGAACCUGAAAGACUUCUGGGAAAGUGGAGAAUGGGAGAUCAUCGACGCACCAGGAUACAAGCAUGACAUCAAGUACAACUGCUGCGAGGAGAUCUACCCGGACAUCACCUACUCCUUCUACAUCCGCCGCCUGCCUCUCUUCUACACCAUCAACCUCAUCAUCCCGUGCCUCCUCAUCUCCUUCCUCACAGUGCUGGUCUUCUACCUCCCGUCCGACUGCGGCGAGAAGGUGACCCUGUGCAUCUCCGUCCUCCUCUCCCUCACCGUGUUCCUGCUGGUCAUCACCGAGACCAUCCCUUCCACGUCGCUCGUCAUCCCUCUGAUCGGCGAGUACCUCCUCUUCACCAUGAUUUUUGUCACGCUCAGCAUCGUCAUCACUGUGUUUGUGCUGAACGUCCACUACCGCACCCCGAUGACUCACACCAUGCCGGAGUGGGUGAGAGCUGUGUUCCUCGGGGUGCUGCCCAGGGUGAUGCUGAUGAGGAGGCCUAUCGACCAGGGCUGCUCCUCACCUGCCAGUAUUACAGGAGGGACGGGUGGAGGAGGAGGAAAAGAGAGCAGUGGAGGAAACAAGAAGAGAAAGAACAGCAUAGGAGGAGGAAGUGGCUCAGGGAGUGUAAGCGUUGGGGGUAUAACUGGGGGUGUAGCGUGUCCGCCGCUGGAUGGUGGUGCAGGAGGAGGGGUGGCCACCUCAGCUGGCGGCUCCAUGAACUGCGUGGAGUACGGCGACAUGAACCGCGACAUGAACCGGGAUAUGAACAGAAGGUGUCCCUACAGAGGCAAGGAGGUACCGACCCCUGUCCCUCCCCCAAUGGUACCACCUCCUCCUCCCCAGGCACCUCAGACCCAGGGGCCCCAGGAGUCAGAGCUGCCCAAGCUGCCGAGGCCCCUGAAUGCUCCAUCGCCUGUCAACGCUGUCGUUGCCUUCUCCGUGGUGUCGCCAGAGAUCAAGCAGGCCAUCGAGAGCGUCAAGUACAUCGCAGAGAACAUGAGGACACGCAACAAAGCCAAAGAGGUGGAGGAUGACUGGAAGUACGUCGCCAUGGUCAUCGACAGGAUCUUCCUGUGGGUUUUUGUGACAGUGUGUGUGCUGGGAACACUGGGACUCUUCCUCCAGCCAGUCAUCAGCUUCUUGAAAUGA